AUGCUCGUCUCUAGCCCUCUGGUGACAGUCAAGUGUCUUGUGGCGCAGUAGCCUGGUGUGCUUCUACUGUUCUUCACCACCUGUUUCCUGAGUGCGUCUGCGGCGAAUUAAUCAUCACGUAGUUACUAUAAAUUGAGGGAUUUAAUCCCUCGCCAGCCUACCUUUCGUUAGUGUUGCAGCUUUUUUAAUGCGUGUGUGCGUUUUUUUUUUCCUCCGGAUUUCGCUACUGCCGUAUUCUUCGGACUUUGUUUGUUUUCGCCGCUGUGGAUCUUUCUCUGGACAUCCCCACGUAUGCGGAGCGACCUCGGACUCGACCCCGGCACCUCGCUUCUCGUCGCGGGGACAGACGUUCAGAGCCGUCAUCGGCGACACUCUGGUCCUGCCGUGCGAGGUGGAGAACCUUGGCUCGUACGUGCUGCUGUGGAGGCGGGGCAGCGCCGUGCUGACGGCCGCCAACCUGAUGGUCACCCGCGACUCCCGCUUCCGCCUGGUGGACGGCUACAACCUGCAGAUCGGCGACCUCGUGCCCCAAGAUGCCGGCGACUACGUGUGCCAGAUCAGCGACGGCGACAACCGCGACCAGAUACACACCGUCGAGAUCCUGGUUCCGCCCAGCAUCCGCAUGAACCCGGCGAACGGACAGCUGAAGGCGAGGAAAGGCGGGACGGUGACCUUGGAGUGCAAGGCCUCGGGCAACCCCGUGCCCACCAUCUUCUGGUCCAGGAAGGACAACCUUCUGCCGAGCGGCGACCAGUCGGUGGAGGGCUUCUCCAUCACCCUGGAGAAGGUGGACAGGCACCAGGCAGGGGUCUACCAGUGCACAGCCAACAACGGCGUGGGCGAGCCGGUCACCAUCGACAUGCAGCUGGACAUCCUGUAUCCGCCGGAGAUCGAGGUGGAGAGAACGUGGGUGCACUCGGGCGAAGGCUACGAGUCGCAGCUGGUGUGCAUCGUCCACGGCGAGCCGGCACCCGAGCUGCUGUGGUACAAGGACAGCAUCGUGCUGGACCCCACGGAGCGCCGCGCCAUCACCAGCCGCGGCAACAAGCACACCCUAGCCAUCCGCGACGUGCAAGGUGCCGACUUCGGCAACUACAGCUGCGUCGGCGAGAACUCCCUCGGCAAGGCCAGGAAGUUCAUGGUGCUCUCUGGACGGCCCAGCCCGGCCGAGUUUCGGAGCGCACCCUUCAGCCGCUCCAAGGACAGCUACAACAUAUCCUGGGCCAUUGAGAGCUACCCGCCGCUCGAAGAGGUCCGCUUGCUCUACAGGAAGAUAUACAUGAACGAGAGCCACCACAAGCCGGGCAAGUGGCACGACGUGAUCCUGCGGCCCGCCGCCGACGAGACCUUCAGCCGCGUCAUGUCGCACAGCAUCCGCGGCCUGGACCACGGCUCCGUGUUCGAGGCCAUCGUGCAGGCCAAGAACCACUACGGCUGGAACGAGGUGUCCGACAUGUUCCAGUUCUACACGCGCGGCGCAGAGCCGGAAAUGGAAGACAUGGGACUAGUGGCCAGUUCUAGUUGUGUCGUCAUAUUCUUGGCCUUCAGAUCCCACCUAUGCCUAAUAGCAGCGGUGGUGGUACUACGUUGUUUAUAGAAGGUAUGUAAUUGAAUUCGUCAAAGCCCAACGAAGUCUCAGCUGUCUGAAAGCAGUUAUGAACUUUGUGCAUGAAGAGGAGAUACUAAAAAUUCACACCCACUUGUGAACGGAAAAGGCUUCCUGUUUAUGGAAAAGCCCUAAGUAAAUGGUGGGAAUAUUGUGAGAUUAAAUGCGCAUUUUGCAAUGAAGCUGAAGAACUUGUGUGGUGUUUGUGAAAUGUGAGAAUUUUAUUUCACAAACUUCAUGUCUUCGGGCACAGCCCAAGUGAGGUGUUCGUAUUGAGAAGACGUGGCAUACUGAAAUUGUUAAAUUGUUGUUUUACCUCGCAAAUUCCUAUUGAUAAUUCAUUUAUUUAUUUUAAGGAUGUAAUUCCAAUAAGUUUAUUAAUUAGAAAUUCCUGUGUAUUUAUUUUACAGAAAAGUAUACUAAUUAAAAUGUCUGGUUUUGUAGUUUUCAUACCUCUACUACCAGACAUAUGUUACUAUGGACAAAGUAGAACAUUAAAAAAAACGUAUAUAUAGAUAUUUGUUUAUUGCAUUUUCCUGUUUAGUGUUUGUUAUGAACAUCCUGUUAGUGAAAUUUCCGAAUUUGUAGUAAUUUCUAUUUGUUUGCUCUGCUAAAAUCAACCUAAUCAUAAUCAACUAUCUUUAUUUUACUGGAGAAAGCGAUUGCUCCUUUGCAUCUAUAAAUUCUAACUUAAGCCAUGUUAGUGGUUUAAGCAUGACUCGCGAAAUAUUAUGAUAAAAUUCUCGUUUAGAUAAUAUGGUAAUAGCGGGCCCAUUAUUCACACAUAGAAUCAGUCGUGAAAAAUUUCACAUUAUUUAUUAUUUGCGACUAAAAUAAAGUUUACACUAUUGAAUACUUUGGGACACAAAUGUGUGUUAUUUACGAUUUAGAUAUUCCUGUCGUGUGAUUUGGAAAUCAGAAAAACUUAACAAAAAAAUCAGGCAGAAGUAACCGUUUCUGUUGUGGGGGCUGACAACAUUUUUCUGGUUCAAUCUUCGAGUCACAAUACGCUAUGACACCCUAUCAGUGCCCCGGCAUAGUAUUUUUCAAUUACAGGACAUCAUUAAAGAAAACGAAGAUAGAAUAGAUUAUAUACACUUCAAAUAACAGUGUAAAAUAUAAAUAACCGCAGGAAGGAUGAAUUAAAAAUAAACUUAAAAUACACAAUUAUUUGCACAGCUGCAAAUUUUAUUACUUUUAUAUAAUUUCACUACAAUACAAUCUGGGUACAGGAAUUUUUAAAAUUUGAAACUUUAAAAGUAAAAAAAAAAAUGUCAAAUUUCUGAAAUAUUUCUUAAAUCAUGAUAUUGGUUUAUGCAGAUAGCGAAUAGAACUCAACAAAUUAGUCACAUUUUUGCUGUAGGGCUAGUUGGCCCCUUAUGAACCCGUCCGAAUUGAGAAUGAUCCUGUCCCGUUUGUAGACAACGAUCCAAUAUAAUAUAAAUUUUAAUAUAUGUAAAAACAAACUGUUCGCAUGGAUAUUGAUGAAAGUGUUGUUAUAAAUCAAGAAAUAAAUAGGUAAAUCCACACAUUACAGGAUUGAAAAGUAUGUCCAAAAUGUUUUUAAAAGUUUGCACCCUCUAAAAUGUUGAGAAAUGUGAGAAUAUAUGUACAUGUGUGUUAUAUGUUAGUGAUAUUGUUCAGAAUACCAGGUGCAAUGGUCCAUUUAGCUAACGUAGAUUACAUAUAGUUUUAUGUUUUUUUAAAUUAAUAUUCUUGUAUUAAGUGCUAUUGAGACUUAAACGAUACUGACUACUUUCAUCAAUGAGAGAUGAUUUUACCACUAGCGAAAAUUUUAGCGGUGCAAAGUACUUGCGGUAAAUGAAGCUUUGUGCCCAGAGACGAUAUUUUUUAUUUCAAAAAAUUAUCUGAGCCAGGUAAAAAUAACAGGGAUUUACACGUAUUACGUAAAAAACAGCCAUAAGGAUAAACUACUAACACAACCACUAUCCUAGAGUCAGUAAAGGCUACAUAAAAUUGGCAAAACAUAAGCAUAUCUGACGUUUGCUUUACAUUAAUGUUUGCUUGUUAUGUUGUUGAUAUAAAUGAUUUAUGCAGUACGGUUAAGUGCAAAAUGGUUAAAGAUGCCGGAAAAUGCGCUUAGAAACAUCAUACUUAUCAUAAUGCGUGUUUCCAAAUUUUCAAAUUGAACCAAUAUCGUGGCAUGCCUUCUUGCCAUCUCAGUUAAACGCAGACAGUCUUAUGAUGAAGAAUAAUGUCUAAGGCUUAUAUUUGUUUAUGGUCUGAUGAUAAAUCCACAAUCUUAACGGCUUCAGCCAGACACUACGAGAUUCUUUGGCCCGGAAGGGAUAAUAAGUCACACAGACUCUCAUAAAUUCAAAUUCCUAAUUUAAUAACUCAAUAAAAAAAUCUUUCUCCUUAAUUUAACAUCUUAUAUUUCGCCGAACAUCGUUUCUUAUUUUUUACAGCGUAUUUUUUUGUUUCUAUUCCUUAAAUAACUAAUUUUCAUUUUAUACGUUUAAAUCUAGAAAUUAUGGCAUUAAAUUUUAUCUAGCAAAUUAGAUCAAAUUUUUAUAACAAAUUUUAUCGUUACAUUUUGGCACAUUAUGUAAGCAAACGACAGAAGUCCUUAGCUUGGAAGUGACUAAUAAUCAUCCAUGUUUACGCCCCUGUGGUUCUUAAGACGAAAUUGUAACGGUUUUGUGGUCUUCAUUUAACGAGAAAUAUUAGUAAGUUAAAAAAAACUUCGAAGUUGAACAAUCAUAUAUGACUUACGGUCUAAAGUGCUUCCCAAGACGGGUAGCUAUAUGUCUUUUAUUAAGUUGGGACCGAACAACUUUUUUAUUGUGAAUAAUAAAGUUUUUGAGAUAAAACAUUAGCGUCUGAACUAUGUUUAAUUGAAUUAUGUUCUACACCAGCGCAAAUUUUGUGGCGGUAGCAAAAUUAUUUAUUUGAAAUAAUUAAAAAAAAAAAUAUUUUAUUUUCCACAUAUUUUUGUCACGUGUUACUAUCCCAAAUUAUUUAAAUGAAAAAAUUGUUCUUCAGCUACAAAAUUCGUGGUUGUAGAGCAUAAAUCAAUUAUACAUAAUCGAUACGCUCAAUGUUACAAUUAAUUACUUUCUGUACCAUUUAUAAUAAAGUUAAAAGAGAGUCACAAAAUUUUACGUGUGUUAAGUAAAUCAGAAAUUGAUGGACUAUUUCACCUGAACUCUGUUUGGAUAUUGUAAGCCAUGUUAAAAUAAGGAUAAACUUAUUUAAUGAAAUGAAAUUUUAUUACAAAAUGUUUUUUACACUGUCGUAGUGAUAAAUUACUUAAAUAUUAAAAUAGUAUGUUGUGUUUGAACUGUGUUUCAAUUAUGUAAAUGUCCAUCAAAAUCGCAGGAAAUGUGUGUUUUCCUAAAUAACUGUUUAAUAUUUAAAUUGCUUAGUGUUAUAAAUUUUUAUUGUGCAUUAUAUUACCUGUUUGGGUGUAAGUAAGUGUUGAUUCUAAUGUUUAAGUAAAUGCUUACAUUUUAGUUCCAGACACACAGCUUAACAGUGGUUAUGCUGUUGUUUGCAAAUUAAUGUAAAACUAUAAUUAUUUUUGCUAUUUUUGUGAAUUACUAAAAAUAUAAAUCUCCGUACACUUCCGAAAAAUAAAUUUGACUUAUGUCACUACUUUUUAUGUAAGCAUAUCUGCUAUCAUACA